AACACAAAUGGGAUAGGAAUUGUUUGAAGGCAAUUACAGUACAGUCACACGAUUCUAAGCUGCUGAUAGCUAGUUCACUAGACUCUGAAUAUUUCUAAGAGAUUUAAUUCUGAUGUAGAAUCUGUAGUUGUCAAAGAAAUCAAGUACAGGAUAUAAAAAAAAACAAGAUUUAAUACUAAUGUAUUAAUGUCAAGUCAUUUUGAUAAUAAAAUGGAAUGUUUGGAUACAAUCAACCACCCAGAAUCAUGGGUGAAAGAAAAGUAUCAAGAGGUUCAGAAAUUACUGAAGGAACAUGAGGGAAAAAUUGAUCCUAGUAAGAUUUAUGAGAAAAAGUCUAAGGCGGUAGAAAUUUUGUUGGAAAUAUUGGAAGCGCUUAUACAUUGCAAAGAGACCCUUUGUACUGUAGCGGCCGCAAUAACUCAUUUAAACAUAGGUAUAUUACAGGCUGAUUUGGAAGAUACAGGACUCGCUAUAGAAUAUUUCAAAAAAUGCAUCGAUUUAUUAGAAGACAGCAAAUUAACGGCUGAAGGAAUAUUACCAGCUGUAAGCGCCAACAAUCAAUUAGGUUUGAUUUACGCUCAACGUGGUUCAUACGAAGAAGCUAAAGAUUUUCUAAAACAAGCUGAAGAUUUAUAUAUCAAGUUUACAGACGAUAUUAAACUUGAUCCCGUUCACAUGGUGACUAUCAUGGGUAUCGAGGAGAUUGAAGGAGAUCUGUGUGCUAAAAGUAUUCUCGAGAAGCUUCACACGUUAACCCUAUAUUAUUUAGCACAAGUCUGCCGUGAGCUAGAUGAUAAGUGUAAUUUUGCUUUAUAUUGUCACAGAACACUGAGCAAACAAUUGAGUCAAAACAAGAUAACGCAAGAUCUAGAUUAUGUCGACUGGGCUUUAAACGCCGCAACGAUAUCUCAAUAUUUCAUAGAACAAGACAAAUUUCCACAGGCGAGGCAUCAUCUAGCUGCGGCGUCCUGUAUAUUGGAGAAAUACUCGGAAAUCUUGAAGGCAAAGGGUACCAGGGAAACAAGCGAGAGUCUUGCUGCAGAAUAUGAAAAUUAUGAUCACAGAUCGGCGAGUAUCGCUAGAUGCUGGGCAAAGUACGGUAUUGCUCUCCUAGGAGCAUCCAAGGAAAGGUUAUUGAAAAGAUUUGAACAGGAAGAAGAACAAUAUUUAAAGUCCGCAAAAGUUUCCAAUGAAGCCUACAAAUAUUCUCAAACUGAGACCAUGGAGGAUCCGAGAUUUGUAGAUCUAGAACCAGAGUUGGAAUCGAUUACUAAUGAAAUCACGGAUAUGUACCUGUUGGAUUUUAAUGACGCCAGACCAGUGUUCCUAAAUGUUCGAAAAUGGUUGGAUAAAGCGAAGGAGUACUACACCUUCGAGAAUCACGCGUCCGAUUAUGCCUGGAUCGCGCAAGAUCUCUCUCAAGCGUACAAGUAUCUAGCGUUCUUCGAGGACAAUGAAGACAGGCAGGCGAGAAUGCACAAACGGCGAAUAGACAUUUUGGAGAAAGUAAUCGAGGGAUUAUGCCCGCGGUACUACCGGGUCGUCUGCAGGGAGAUUUGGAUCGAGCUGGCAGAAACGUAUUUGGAGAUCCUGGAUUUGAAGUUCGAACGUUUGCAAGCGUCCAACGAGAAGGCGACGCCGCAGAUGAUAGCGAAGAUUGAGCGCCUGUCGAGAAACAGCAUAAAGCACUUUCAGUCCUAUCUGAAUUCUUUGGAGAUGAGCAAAUCCGAAAGCGGGGUUGAAUCCUUCUCGGACGACUUGCUACAUCAGGCGUUAUACGCUUAUUUUCACAUAGGUAGAUUGUACAAUAGGAUCAUAACUUCUGAUGUGCAGCAAAAGAUAGAGAAUAUGCAGAAUAGUAUCGAUGCGUAUAGCUUCAUUGUCAAUUACUAUGACAAGCAUCCUGAAAAGCAAGAGAAAUUAGAUAAAUACGAAUUUAUAAAACUAUCUAAAGAAUUCGUCACUUUGCUGCCGCUUUCGUUAGAGAGAUUGAAGCAGCAGCAAAUAAAUCAAUAAUUCCGUUCUCUUUUCUUUCCUUAGAUUGUUUUCUACUUCACAUCUCUGUGAAAUAUUAUAGAAUAUGAUAUAUUUUGUUAUAUUUUCUUUUACAGGAAUGACUUACAGAAUCUGUAAAAUAUGUCGCAUGUAUUUAAAAUGAAUACUCUCGUAUGUAUUUGUCACGCUCAUUCGCUCAGAUACAUAUAAAUGUAAUAUAAUAAAAUUAUUAACGUUUGUAAUGCACAUAACUAUACAUUACAUUGCUAUACAUUAAAGAGAUAUUUAAGAUGAA